AAACUUUGAGAAAAUACCCACCUUUUCCAAUACUUAAUCGCAUUUGUACUAAAGAAAUAGUUUUACCGACGAACAUUCACUUGCCAAAGGGAACAUUAAUAACCAUACCGGUACUUGGACUGCAUCGAGAUCCAUCAAUAUAUCCAGAUCCAGAUAAAUUUGAUCCUGAACGAUUUAACACAGACAAAGUAGCAGAAAGGCAUCCUUAUGCUUAUUUGCCAUUCGGGGAAGGCCCACGAAACUGCGUUGGUACGCAAUUUGGCUACUUACAAACAAAAAUUGGACUGGUAAGUCUUUUGUCAAAAUACAAUUUCAAACUCCACUCCCGAACUCAGGUUCCGCCUAUUUUCGACGAAAGAUCUUUCGUUAUUCUUUCGAUGAAGGGUGAUGUACACUUUAUUAUCGAGCCACGAUAAAAUAAUCACGCUCUUAUACGAACUAAAACUAUUUGUACUCUUGAUAGAUUCUAAAUAUAUUACGUAUGUUAUUAUGUAUUAUUAUUAUUUUUUUAUGAAAUAAGGAAUAUCAUAUUAGAUGUGACAUACAAUAAUCAAAAAUGUUAUAAAGACAGAUCCGUUUUAUAUGUUAAACUUGUUAUAAUUAUAUUUUGUUAUUAUCA